GCCUGUUGUAUUUUUCUUACUUCAGUUCUUCCUUCCCUCCUUCCUUCCUUCCUUCCUUCAAUCUCCAUUUGUUUCCAACAACUACUCGUACGCUUCAAUCAUUAUCAUGCAUGGGAACCGCAAAAGACAAGCUACUCCUGCUAUAAGCAUUGGCAAAUCAAGUUCAGAAGAAAUAGUCAAACGACCAAAGGGGAAGGAGAGGCGAGGCGCAAGACAACAACCAACAGCACCGUCUCUGGCAAGCCGGCCAGAGCAGCCACAAUGCGAGUCGCAACGAAUCCUGACACGAGGAUCACAGAUUGAAGAGAAGAAUACCGGACAAAGAGGCGAUGUCAUAUUGGAAGGUGAGAUCAAGGAACAGAGGACGCUUUCAUUGCAUGCGCCAUUCACGGGCAAUCUUGCUGCAGCAUGGUACGACCCAGAGGAGAGGAAGAUACAGGUUCUGGAAGACACGAAGGACACGUUGAAUUGGGAUCUGGCUUGUCUUGUCAUAGAGCAAGUGCGGCCCACGCUUAUCAUAGUGAGCACUAAAACCCAGAACUCCCUGAUGGAGAAGAUAGAAGAGUAUCGAGACGAGAAUAAGUGUGAACUACUCCUCUUACCUUCUCGUUCUUGUAGUCCCAAGGCAGCUUCUAUACAGCUUGCUUCUGUUCGAGUUUCAGACUCAUCUGUAACGUUAUCUGUCUGUCGCGCAGAAGAACAAUCGGCGCACGAGCCGCGCAAUGGAUCGGCAAUAGAGGAUGCCAACUGGAGAGAUGAAGGUGCUGGGAUGGGAACUUACAGGCUGAGUUUGGUUAAGCUAGGGUGUUGGAUGAACAUCAAUGCGCCUUUAGCUACGGUAGCAGCUGGAAUUUUAGUUGAGCAAGUAAAAAAAGGUCGCACAAUGGAGGCCAUGCCAGGUGAACAACACUUCAAUGGAUUAGAGCUUACUGUCUUGGAAAGUAUGGAUUUGGAAAGGCACAUGCAGAUAAACAAGGAUGCCUUAACAUCGUUAGCAAUCUUUGAUGUGGAGUCGCACGCAUUCAUGUAUUCCGAACAGAAUAAACAAGCAUUGUCUAUAUUCGGCAAGCUUGACUCUACUGUCACCCCCCUCGGCAAAAAGCUACUUCACACAUGGCAUCUUCGCCCAUUACUCGAUCUUUCCGAGAUCUCUGCCCGGCAUGACGCUGUUGAAUUCUUUUCUUCCGCCGAGAACGCACCCAUUAUGACGAGCUUGAGGAAAACCAUGAAGGGUGUAAGGAAUGUGCCUGCACAUUGUACGAAACUCCAGACUGGAAGGGGGAGCUAUGUCGAAUGGAAAUGUUUGGUGGACGCUUUGACAGCUGCACUCGAAAUCAGGAAUUUCAUGUGUGGUAUAGCUACUCCUGUGCCAUUGCCAAUUGCAGAAAAAAUCAGAGAAACCGUCAGAGAUAAUCUUAUCAUUUUCUGCCAAGAUAUGAAUGCUGUCAUUGAUUGGGAUGCUUCAAGACUCGAAAGCCGAGUUGCUGUUCGACCAGGUGUUGACGAUGAGCUGGAUAGCUGGCGGGAAAUAUACGCAGGUCUUGAUGUAACGCUCAACCAAGUAGCUUUAAUGAUAUAUUCUCAAGUACCUCCCGGCAUAUCUUCUAGCGUGAACGUUGUCUACUUGCCUCAGUUAGGAUACCUCGCAGUGAUACAGGCAGAUGCAGAUGAGCCACCAGAAAUACCAGGAUGGGAAAGUCGAUUCCACACAGAAGAUCGGUACUAUUAUAAGACGGUAGAGAUGGAGGACUUGGAUGACCAUUUCGGUGACUUGUACACAUUGAUGAUCGGAAAAGAGAUUGAAAUCAUUCAAAGGCUGGUAGAGCACCUUAAGGGCUAUGAAACAUCAAUUCUGCGGACUGUCGAUACCAUAGCGGAGUUGGAUUGCAUCUUGGCAUUGGCUCGAGCAGCAAGAGAUUUCGGGCUAAAGCGUCCCAUCAUGACGGAAGAGCCUGUGCUACAGAUUCGGGGGGGACGACAUAUUCUGUAUGAGAGUUUGGUUCCUCGGUACAUUGAGAACGAUACCAUGAUAGCGUCUGGAGGGGUCAAUGGUUUGGCCAGCAUGAUGAUUAUCACAGGCGCAAAUGGUUCUGGCAAGUCUGCAUAUGGCAAGCAGGUCGCUUUGAUGGCUUUCAUGGCGCAGAUAGGGAGUUUUGUACCGGCCGAUGGAGCCAGAAUUGGCAUUUGCGACAAAAUAUUCACGCGUCUCCAGACCCGCGAGUCGACUUCAAGACAUGCUUCCGCUUUUAUGAUAGAUCUUGGCCAAGUUUCUCAAGCACUCAGAGGUGCAACCCGACAUUCCUUGAUCAUAAUGGACGAGUUUGGUAAAGGUACCCAUCCUGCCGACGGGGCUGGGCUUCUCGCCGGUACAGUUGAGUAUCUUCUGCAAGGGGUUUGUCCUCGAUCAAUUGUCAUGACCCAUUUCCACGAACUUUUUGCCAACCAUUUCAUUACGGAAGACCGAUUACCAGUGCGGUUUUGCCACAUGAAGACGCUUUUGACGAAUGAUUCAGAUGACAUACAUUAUCUUUAUAAGCUUGUCCCUUCACUUAGCUUAACUUCAAACGCAGCAGAAUGUGCGCUCAGACACGGGAUCCCGAAGAAUAUUGUUGACAGAGCCCAAGAGGUCACCAAAUGCGUCUCAAAAUUUGAAAUAUCCAAGUUGCUCGAUGCGACUCUGACAAUGGAAAAUAUACGGGAAAUCAAAGCAGCAGAGGAACUUGCCAAGCGUUUCCUGGCUUGGGAUAUCGACCCAGACAGUGAAGAUGUGAUCGACGUAUUGCAGAAGAUGAUUGAAGCGACGGAUAUAUUCCUGGAGGAUGAUUCUUCUGUCAGUGCGGAAGGAACAACUGCGAAUCGAGAGAAUGCUACGAUCAGUGAUGAAGAAGGUAGUAUAGAUUCAAGCGAGGAGAUUGACUGAGAAUUUUCGGCUUAAGACUUCAUGUUCACCAAACAAUGCAAAUUAUCCGCCGCCGGAAAACAGAUACGUUUCGAUUAUCACGCCUUCGGUUCAACUAGCCGUACGUAGGGCGUCGAUCUCUUUCUCAUCACUUCUAAAUUCUCAGAUUCGUACUUUUAUUACUCUAAGUUGUUGUGCAAUUAAG